UUUAGAAAAGUCUCUUCUCAUCCGACGCUGGAAGUUGUGGAAAGAAAGAGACUGAUGUGCAACUCUAACAAAUUAAUUUUUGAAAAGAUGUACCUUGAGGAAGACGCAUUAAUCUACUUAGAUACGGACCUUGUGUUCCUGCGACCCAUAGAAGAUCUGUGGAGAGCAUUCAAAAAUUUCAACGAUGAUCAGUUGUUUGGAGCUGUAACACCUUUGUGGAGAAUCUUCAGUGACAAACCUUUCACCGAGCUUGAAAAGAAUCCUGAACAUUUCUACGAGAUGGACUGCGAAUGGAAUUUCCGCAGAGGUUACUGCGAAAACAUCACCCAACGUUGCCCGGGGAUGGUAGUCAACGGCGUCAAUGUCGUACAUGGGAAUAACGGCGCGUUUUUCAGUGGCGAAAAUACUCUUUUCAAGCUUCUUCACGAAUACUGGAGAGAUUUGGAUAUGUCCAAGUCGCUCAGCACUGUGAUUAGUGAAUUGAAAGCCAUCUUGCCUGACGCCGUUCUGAAGGAUCGCUCAUGUCAUUUUGUGAAGGGACUACAUGAAAUGCUGAUGAAACAUUUGAAGUUACUCGACGGCAAGCUGGUUAACUAAAUGCACGACCAAAAAAGGCUUCGACAUUGUGAAACUCUAAACUCCAUUCUACGCUGCUGAAAUCAUAAUCUUAAUAAGAUAAUAUUUUGUGUUAUUAGUUUGAAUCUGUGCUUCGUAAUUUCAGCACACUUGACUAUCAAAUUAUAGUUUGAUAGAGUUAGAGUUAUUUUAUAGCUAUUCAGUGGAGUUGACUGUUACAUCCCACAUAUAACGUAAUUUUACAAUAUUUAAAAGUAUUCCUAAGUUUAAAACUUCCCAGUUAGUUGCAGAAUGAUAUGACCAGAGUUAUAGUGAAAUAUUUAUUCUCCUAUCAAAAACCUCUUAUUUAGUAGUUUUACUUUUUAUUGUAGUAGAUAAAUAUUUUGCCUUAUA